UAUAUAAAUGAUUAGAUAUUUCCUGUGUGAGUUGUCCAGUCAUAGAUAAGAUAGUGAUUCAUUCCACUACUUGAAACUCACGAUCCAUCCAUAAUGGUCAAACCAAAUUCCAAAGUCUUCCAAUUAUUGAUUCUCGUCGCAUUCUUCAAUUGUUCAGCAUUUUCAGCUGAAGCAGAAGUAGUCGGAUAUGGCUACCGUCUCCGAUCUAUAAAGGCCGAUUCAUCGCGAAAAUCUCUCAGCGCUCUUCUUCAGCUCAUCGACCACUCCUCUGUGUACGGCCCAGAUCUCCCACUCCUCUCUCUCACCGCCAGCUUAGAAACAAAAGAGCGUUUGAGAGUGAGCAUAACCGACUCCGACAAAACUCGUUGGGAAAUCCCUAACGACAUCCUCCCCCGCCCCCCGCGCCGCCAUGGGGGCCGCAUUUCUCCGCCGCUCCUCUCCGACGCAAGCUCCGGCCUCAUCUUCACCCUCCAAAACACCACGCCCUUCGGCUUCGCCGUCCACCGCCGCGGCGCUGCCGCCCCCCUCUUCGACGCCGCCCCGAUCCAAAACCAGCCCUCCACCUACCUCGUCUUCAAGAAUCAAUAUCUCCAGCUGUCGUCGUCGCUGCCUCCGCAAAAAUCCAAUCUUUACGGCAUCGGCGAGCACACGAGAGGGUCGUUUAGGCUUCAGCCUAACCAGACACUGACACUAUGGAACGCCGACAUCCCCAGCUCCAAUACUGAUGUGAAUUUGUACGGAUCGCACCCUUUUUAUAUGGAUGUGAGGCCUAAUGGGAUGACUCAUGGCGUGUUGCUGCUCAAUAGUAACGCCAUGGAUGUUGUGUAUUCCGGCGAUCGGAUCACUUAUAAGGUGAUCGGAGGGAUUCUUGAUCUGUAUUUCUUCGCCGGACCAACGCCGGAGUUGGUGAUGGAGCAGUACACAGAUCUCAUCGGCCGCCCCGCUCCCAUGCCAUACUGGUCUUUCGGAUUCCACCAGUGCAAAUAUGGUUACAAAUCUGUGUACGAGGUUGAGAAUGUGGUGGCUAGCUAUGCUAAAGCUAACAUUCCUUUAGAAGUGAUGUGGAAUGACAUUGAUUACAUGGAUGCUUACAAAGAUUUCACACUGGAUCCGGUUAACUUCCCCGCUGAUGAGAUGAAGAGAUUCGUCGAUCAGCUUCACAAAAACACUCAGAAAUAUGUGGUCAUUAUUGAUCCCGGGAUCACUGUGAACGAAUCGUACCCGACUUACAAGCGGGGAAUGCAGGCGGAUGUGUUCAUCAAGCGCGACGGCGUACCUUACUUGGGCCAAGUUUGGCCGGGCAAAACUUAUUUCCCGGACUUCCUCAACCCAGCCACCGGAGAAUUCUGGACUAACGAGGUCAAGAUAUUUCGAGAUGUUGUUCCGGUUGAUGGUCUCUGGAUCGACAUGAAUGAAGUGUCCAACUUCAUAACCUCGCCCCCGACUCCAUUUUCAUCCCUAGACAAUCCUCCCUACAAGAUCAACAACUCAGGAGCUCAUCGCCCCAUCAACGAGAAAACUCUGCCUGCAACAUGUCUGCAUUUUGGGAACCUGAGAGAGUACAAUGUGCAUAAUCUUUACAGUUUUCUGGAGUCCAGAGCUACUCAUGCUGCUCUGGUUGAGGCCACUGGUAAAAGGCCUUUUGUGCUGAGCAGGUCUACCUUCGUGGGCGCCGGCAAGUACACGGCGCACUGGACCGGCGACAAUGCUGCAACGUGGAACGACUUAGCCUACUCCAUCCCCAGCGUCUUGAACUCGGGAUUGUUUGGCAUUCCCAUGGUGGGAGCCGAUAUCUGCGGCUUUUCGCGCAACACCACUGAGGAACUCUGCAGGAGAUGGAUCCAGUUGGGGGCAUUCUAUCCCUUUGCCAGAGAUCACUCCGAGCAGGGCAGCAUCCCUCAGGAGCUCUAUGUCUGGGACUCCGUGGCCGCCUCCGCUCGCAUAGUCUUGGCCCUUCGUUACAAGAUGUUACCGUAUUUCUACACCUUGAUGUACGAGGCCAGCACCAAGGGCGCGCCUAUGGCAAGGCCGCUCUUCUUCUCCUUCCCUCAUGACCCCAACACUUACGGAAACAGCGCCCAGUUUUUACUGGGAAGGAGCGUGCUCGUCUCCCCCGUGCUGGAACAGGGCGCUCUCUCAGUGAAUGCCUACAUUCCCAAGGGGAAUUGGUUCAACAUGUUCAACCACUCGAGCUCGUUGAGCCUCAAGAAGGGGCGGUAUGUGCAGCUGGAUGCGCCGGCUGAAUCCAUCAACGUGCAUGUUGGCGAGGGGAGCAUCAUAGCAAUGCAGGGCGAAGCUAUGACGACGCAGGGGGCGAGGGCCACGCCGUUCCAUUUGCUGGUUGUGAUGAGUGAGAGUGGGAAUAGCUCCGGGCAAGUGUUCUUGGAUGAUGGGGAUGAUUUGGAGUUUGCAGGUGAGGGAGGGAAAUGGAGCUUACUCACAUUUAACGCUGGUUUGGUGGGGAAUCAAGUGUUUCUUGAAUCGAAAGUUUUGAAUGGGGAUUUUGCUCUGAACAAGAAGUGGAUGAUUGAUAAGGCUACGAUUCUUGGAGUGAAGAGGGAGUUUAAAAAGAUACAAGGAUGUGAAGGUGGAAUUAACAUGGAAGAUGUGAAGUUGGAUGCAAAGGUUGAAGACGACAACAAUGGAUUCCUUAGGUUGGAGUUGUCGAAGAUGUCAUUUCCUAUGGGGAAAGAGUUCAGAAUCGAGAUCGCCUCAUGUCUGCAGAUAAAGAGCAUUCUAAAGGAUGAAUCAUGAGGGUCCCACUUUGCCCUCCUUAAAACAGCGUCGACGAGGUCAAUUGGGGGGUCUGUCUCGGACAAUCCGCAGCAUGUGUAAGUGUAACAAAAUAAAAUAAAACAGAAUAAAGUUGACGCGAAUAAAAUGAAUAAAGUUGCUGCAUGCCUUUAGAUUUCGUAGUUUACAUGAUAAUGCUACUGAUUAGCCUAUGGUAUAAAGCUCCUUCUCUUCUUUUCUA